UGUCAAUUGCCCUCCGGUAGAAGAAAACAAGGUUUUCCCAAUGGACUCUCUAGCAACUUCAAUCAACCAGUUUGCACUGGCAUUUAGCAAACAGCUCUCAGGAUCUGCAGAGGGCAAAAAUAUUUUCUUUUCCCCCUGGAGCAUCUCAACUGCCUUGGCCAUGGUGUACUUGGGCACCAAAGGUUCCACUGCUGCCCAAAUGGCCCAGGUACUUCGACUGACCCAAGACCACAACUUCAAAUCUUGUCCGGAAAGCGAAAAGAAAAGGAAAAUGGAAUCCAACGUGGGCAAAGUGGAAGGAAUGUGCUCUGGCUUCCAGGCCCUUAUCUCAGAACUCAACAAGCCCAGCAAUGCUUACGUCCUUAAGACAGCCAACGGGCUGUAUGGGGAGAAGACGUAUCCCUUUCAUAAUAAAUAUCUAGAAGACAUCAAAAAGUACUUUGGUGCUGAGCCCAGGUCUGUUAAUUUUGUGGAGACCCCUGACCAGGUCAGAAAGGAGAUCAACUCCUGGGUUGAAAACCAGACUGAAGGUAAAAUCCUGGAUCUCCUGCCUGAGGAUUCUGUGGAUUCAGCAACCAGGAUGGUUCUAGUCAAUGCCAUUUACUUUAAAGGGGUGUGGGAGUAUCAGUUCCCAGUCGAAAACACCACAGAAAGGCCUUUCAGAAUAAACAAGACAACAAGCAAACCAGUGCAGAUGAUGUCGAUGAAAAGAACCCUUCCAGUAUUUCACAUUGAACAACCACAGGCCAUGGGUCUGCAGCUUGACUAUGAGAGCCGUGACCUCAGCCUUCUCCUCCUGCUGCCAGAAGACGUCGAUGGGCUGGCCCAGCUGGAGAAGGCCAUCACCAGUGAGAGCCUGGAGGCGUGGACCAGUGAGGACAGGAAGGAGCUGUACGACGUGCAGCUGUAUCUCCCCAAGUUCAAGCUGGAAGAGAGUUACGACCUCAAGUCCAUCCUGAGCAGUAUGGGCAUGCGCGACGCCUUUAGUCAGAGCAAAGCUGAUUUCUCAGGGAUGUCGCUGGAGAGAAACCUGUUUCUGUCCAAUGUUUUCCACAAAUCCUUUGUGGAGAUAAAUGAAAAAGGAACCGAGGCUGCAGCUGGCUCUGGGAGUGAGGUGAGUGUCCGGAUUCGACUUCCCUCCUUGGAAUUCAAAGUAGACUCCCCGUUCCUCUUCUUCAUAAGACACAACAAAACCAAGAGCAUCCUCUUCUAUGGGAGGUUUGCCUCCCCCUAAACCCUGCAACUCUCUCAGUGAGCAAGCCCACCUAAGAGUGUCUCAAAAUGUACCCGACGAUGAAAUAUCACAACGGUAGUGUUUUGUCAGCUGGGCCUUUCUGAUCAACCAUUUGAAUGCAAGUCUUGAGAUAAUGGAUUCCAGAGAUUUCACUAUAUUUAGUUAGAGAGAAGAACAGUUUUUUAUUUACCAUUUAAACAGCAUUUGUCCCUACUGUGACUUUUAUUUACAAGGGGGGGAGUCUUCAAAAAGUUCAUGGGAAAAUGGAAUUAAAAGAUAAUGGAGGGAAAUGGGGAGCUG